AUGGACUUCUUCAAAUCAGUCUUCUCGGAGCCCUCCCCCUCCCCUUCCCCACCUACAACCCCCACCUCCCCAAACCCCUCUCCCGCCCCAUCUUGGGGAAUCGGAUCCUCCCUCCUCAAAACCAUAGCCUCAAAAUCCGAAUCCUUAAUCGACAACUACUACAAAGAUCUCCAGGAAUUCAGCUCCGGCAUCAAGAAAGAGACCUCCGUCAUCCGCCAAGCCGCCACCCGCGCCGUCCAAGACCUCCCCGCCCGCCUCGAGUCCGGCGCCGCCAUCGCCCAGGAGUCGCUCGAGGCCGUGGGUCAGGCGAUUGACAACGUGGGCUCCACAGUCUCCGACAUAAUCGGUAAGGAUUUGAACUUUGCCUCAAAUGAUAGUCAUUUGGAUCAGGGCGAUGAUGACAAUAGCGUAGGAAUUAGUGAUAGCCGUGAUGCGGAAUUGGGUUUCAGUGCUAGUGUUAAGCCCUAUAGUAGGAUUGAUGCGAUGGUUCGCGCCGUGCAAUGUGAUAUCCGUACUUAUAUUGAUGAAGUGGAGGAGAGUGGCUAUGCCGAUUGGAGGUUGGGGUUUGUGUUGGAGGAGAGGAGGGGGGAGAUUGAGGGGCUGCUCGGAGAGGAUGGCGCGGUCGCUGAGAUUUACGGCGAGGUUGUGCCGGUUAAGGUUGAUGAAGAGACGUUUUGGUGCAGGUACUUUUAUCGGGUUGAUAGGGUUGUGAGAGCGGAGGAGGCCAGAUUGAGGAUGGUGAAGAGGGCCAUUUCCGGGGAGGAAGAGGAGGAAUUGAGUUGGGAUGUCGAUGACGAUGAUGAUGAUGAGGAUAAUGGUGAAUGUAGGUUUAGAGAUGAGUUGAAGGAGGGUGAGGUGGUGGAGGAGAAGGGAAAAGGGGUGGAAGGGUUGGGGGAUGGAGAUGAAGAAAAGGAAGGAGGAAGGGAUGGCGAGGGUGGUGGUGUGUCGGGUGUAAAGGGUGAAAAUGAGAGUUUGGGGGGGAGAUCAGUGUGCAAUGAGAAGGAGGCUUCAUCGGAUGGGAAGCUAGGGAGUGAUAUCUCGAUCAUCUCAAGCCAACGGUCAUCGCACGCGGAUGAUCUUGGAUGGGACGAGAUUGAAGAUAUUAGGAGUGUUGAUGAGAGCAAUGUUGAUCUUGGGAAGAAGUUGGUUGCUGAGGAGGAAGAUGAUGAAGAGCUCACUUGGGAUAUUGAAGAUGAUGAUGACCACCAUGUUUAA